UGAGACUAUUUGACUCUCACUCUCUCUCUCUUUCUCUUUCACUUUCCUUCCUCUUCUCUCUCUCUCUCUCUCUCUCACUUUCUUUUUCUAACUUUAUCUACAGUGGAAACUUGAGUUGCUUGCUCUUUUUCCUGGAAAGAAAAUCUGAUGAUCUGAUCUUCUCUUUAAGCAUAUUUCAGAAAUCAUCUACCAAUAACUGCAGUCUUUAAAGACUUGUUGCAGACUGCAGCCAUUCUUUAAGCAGAAUCUUGUGUUUCUCCUUCAAAAUUUUUACAAUUUCUUUACAAUCAAUUUCAAAACCCCUUCCUGUCUCUCUCUCUUUCUCUCUCUCAAUACUAUAUUUAUCGUGAAGAACACUGGGAGAAGCCAUGCAAAUUCUUGCUUACUGAUCCCUUUUUGGUUAUUCUUGUGUUUCAUUUUCACAACAACUAUCCACUCUUCUUGGGGCAAAGAGGCCGAGAACAAAGCUUCCAUUUCAAGGGGAUCCGCUGUCUCUUCUCACCUGAAAAACAAGAAACUGUGUCUCUGUCGACUCUUUCUCUCUUCCUCUUUAGGGUUCAUCGUUGAGUCGUCAACUUCUCUCACAAGCCAGCGAAAAGAGGAAAAUACUGUAGUAAGACCCAAGAAGAAGAAGCUGCAGCUAGAAGCAGAACAACCCUACAGCAAAAAAACAAAUCUUCAAGCAAGGAUCCUGAUAAAGACAGCAGGAAACCCUAAUCCCAUCUUCUAUAUCAUCUUUUUACAUGGAUUUGGCCUCCUCUUCAGCAAACCCAAACUUUUCAAGCCCAACAAUGGGUGGCUCGAUCACCUCCUCUACCACACCAACCGCAGCGGCCUCUUCCCCAUCUUCCACCCCAAGUCGCUAUGAGAAUCAGAAGCGCAGAGACUGGAACACUUUCUGCCAGUACCUUAGGAAUCACAGGCCCCCUCUUUCGCUUCCCAUGUGCAGUGGUGCUCAUGUCCUUGAAUUCCUUAGAUACCUUGAUCAAUUUGGCAAGACCAAAGUCCACAACCAAACUUGUCCAUUCUUUGGCCUCCCUAACCCACCAGCACCCUGCCCAUGUCCUCUCCGUCAGGCAUGGGGAAGCCUCGAUGCACUGAUCGGACGACUCAGGGCAGCCUAUGAGGAGCAUGGAGGGAGACCUGAAGGGAACCCAUUUGGUGCAAGAGCAGUGAGGAUUUACUUGAGGGAGGUGAGGGAUUUUCAGGCAAAAGCAAGAGGAGUCAGCUAUGAGAAGAAGCGAAAAAGGCCAAAACCAAAGGCAACAUCGACACCACAAGCAGCACCACCACCUGAUUCAGGUGCUGGCUAGUGAAAGAGAAUUAAAACAUGAACAACAAGGAGAAGCUUGCAUUGAAGCUACAUGAUGUGGGCUCAUUAUCACCAGCAGCUUUUAUCCGUGUAUGGGUAUUAUUUUUCUGCUCUUUUUUUUAAAAAAAAAUUCUAUAAAGAGAUGGUUAUAUAUUGAACUUUGCUUUGCUUUCUUUGAGCAUAUGUUUAGAUUUGUGGGUACCAUUUGGGACUACUCUUUAAGGGACAACGUCCUGCCAAUGAGCAAGUACCAGUAAUAGUGAGAUCUAGUCAUAGUAGACUAUUAGCAGAAAUGAUGAUAACAAGUAAUCUCAUACUUGUGGUCAUAGUUUGUAUUUCGAACAUAUAAUCUAAGCAUUUGUUACAUAUUAAUUUGCUCU